AUGAGUAGUCCCCGAAUCAGCACUCCGCGUCAAUAUGGCGGGGGCCAUUUCGGUGCCACCGCAGGGCGAUCUGACAUCCGUAUGCCUCGAUUCUUCAAGCGGCUCUUCAAAUUCCCUCAGAUGGACUUUGAGAUGGCCGUCUGGGAGAUGACGCAUCUGCUGAUUGCGCCGAAGAAGGUGUUCAAGUCCAUCUACUAUCAUAAACAGACGAGAAACACCUGGCACCGACCUGACCCGUCCUUCACCUAUCUUUUAUCCUUUUUCCUCUUACUCACAUCCUUCGCCUGGUCGCUUGCCUACACGCCGUCCUUCGCCUCCGUCAUCAAGCUGGCCUUGAUGUUUGUCGUCAUUCAUUUCCUGGCAGGAUCUCUACUUGUAUCCACAUUGGCAUAUUAUCUUGUCGGCCGACUCUUGGGACCUGGAAUCGCCGGACUUCCCGGUCGGAGGCGCCAACAAGGACUAUUCGGCCCUCCAGGAGGAUCAAGAAGAGCCGAAGUGCUGGAGUUCGGAUACUGUUUCGAUGUCUCGAUACGAGCGUUCUUCCCACCAUACGUCUUACUUUAUAUCGUCCAAUAUAUCCUCAUGCCUGUCAUCAACCAUCAAAACCACGCGUCGACCUUCUUCGCCAAUCUACUUUACCUUGCAGCCGGGAUAUAUUGGAGCCUAAUCACUUUUCUGGGAUAUAAUGCCCUGCAUUUUCUACAUCAUACACAGCUUCUACUUUCCCCGAUGUUAGCCUGGAUUGUGAUAUGGCUGAUAUGCACGAUUCUGAACAUCAACCUUACGACUUUGGGCACGGGAUGGUUGUUUCUGGGCGUCAAGGGUUGA